AUGUCGGUGGUCAACGCAGUGAACCGGGCACAGAAAAAGGCUCGUGGGGCGCCGCCUAUGUUGCCUGGAGGUAUGACGCCGAUGCCGCAGAUGGUAUGGUGGGAUGAUGCCUCAGCAGAUGUGGGGGAAGGUGACACCUACACCUCAGAAGAUGAGCAGGCGUCCGUGUCGUCUACUGUCCCGCCCAAGGCUGCAGGCAUUCCUUUGCGGCAGGAGUCGUCUGCUGUACCAGCAGAGGAUGGUGUCCAGCACCACCAGCGUCUACCAGAUGCCUUAAUUUCCCGCUCAGUUGUCAACAAGUUCAGCCUGGUGUUGACGGAUGAGAACAUCCGAGCCAUUGCCUGUGACUUGGGAUGGCAGGAUGAAUGGCUGAUCACCAACAGGAAGGUGAAGGGCCGCUGUGCAACCAUGAAGCUCGGGAAGCCAUCUUCUGUGGUCACACCUUUCAUCGACUAUGCCUCAUUGAGUGGUGCAUUUGUGCGAACAAGGGUCCACAAGACUGUCCAUUUCGCUGUCGCCCGGAUGCUUCCUCGAGUCUUGGCGAUGUGCGCAGUGGCAGUUGGCGAGGAGGAGAACCCUGAUGAGGAGACAGAGGCGGCGGCAGUUGUGAAUCCGGAGGAUAUCCAAGCGGCCCAGGAAGAGAUUGCGGCCAAUGUGUUUCAUUGGGUGAUGACUGUGUGA